GGAGAAAAUGUGUGAGGAAUAUGACAAAAUAAUGAAGAUUUGUUAGAAAGUUUACUUAUUUUGACAAUGGCUUCAAAUAUUCUGGCUGGUGAUCAACUGAACUUCACUCGUAUGGGAAUAGCAAGUGUGGACGAGAUCAAAGUAGUUUUAGCUGACAUUUUAAGAUGUGAGAUUAAACCUCAAGAUUUGCCCAAAUCCAUAACCUCCUGCUCAGAAUUGACAACAGGGAGACACAAACUGAGGCCAGAACAACAGAGACUUUGUUGUCCGUCUCCUCCUGCUGUUCCUGACUACAACAAGUUUGAUGUUUCUUUGUUAUAUACACUCAUACGAAACCUGUGUCCACAAUUAAAGCCAACUCAGGAUUGGGGUAAACCACCUUCUAUAACAGAGUUUCAGAUCGGAGAUGACAUUGAACGCCUCAGAGUAUUUAGAAACGAGAUGUUUGCACACUUGGAUUCUUCUUGUGUAGAAGAUGUCGUUUUUACUUCCAAAUGGCAGGAUUUAGAACAGAUAUUCCAGAGGAUGCAAACGUUUCUUAAGUCAAAAGGAAUCUCAGUUGACUACGGAAAGAAACUGGCAACCAUAGAAAAGAGUGACUUUGGUUUCGAGGAUAUGGAAAAAUACAAAAUUAUUUUAGAAGGAAUUCUGCAUAUUUUAAAGGAGAAUGACGAAAAUGGUGCUGUUAAUAUCCCACCUGAAAGAUUUAUGGCAUACAUGAAAAAAAGAAAGACAACAGUUCGUCAUGCACGUGGGAUCGUGGUUGGAUGUGCUGGAGCAGGGAAGACGACACUUCUAUACAGAUUAAUGGGGAAAAGUCUUGAUGAAAUUGAGGAGAUAAAAUCAACAAGGGAACUUCAUGUCUACGAACACAUAUUUUUUGUGAGAAACGGAGAUUUGUCAGCUACCGAAGAUGAGUCCUCAAAGAAACCACUGAUCAGAAUUCCAGUGUCUGAGCUUGAACAAAAGCGCAAUAAUAAAAUGGAGAUAGAAGCUGGAAACGAAGCUAGUUUUGAGAGCAUUCAGGCUGGAAAAGAUGAUAAUACAAGGCAGAAUACUGCACUGGCGUCAAAGAAAAAUGACACAGAUGAAUCGCACAAUGUUAAAAUUGAUCAACAGCUCACAGGGGAUGUAAGAAGAAAAGAUGAAAGAAAUGACCAACAACUGGCAAAGGAUGUAAUGGGAAAAAUAUUGGAUGCCACGGAAAAUGAAAUAAGUAUCAGUAUGAUUGAUUUCGCAGGACAAUUUGCUUAUUAUGCUUGUCAUCAGAUCUACAUGAGGUCUGAAGCAUUCUACAUUCUGGUGUUGGAUAUGAGUAAAGAUUUCUAUGAGAUUAUUUGUAGUAAAACAGAUGAAUGCGAGGACUCUAUCUUCUCAACAUGGACUUAUGAAGAUUUUGUUCAUACCUAG